GAUAAUAACACCAACUGAAUGCCGGUAUAUAACCAGAGACUAGCUAUUGUGUCAUUGUUUCUAGGAAAAAGUAAAUUCUGCUCUCCCGUUGUCAAACGGUAUAAAUGUAGUUUAGGUAUUACGCCAAUCACCUCAAUCUCCAACUGACUGCGCGGAGUUUCAGUGUCUGUUGACUGUGAGCUGAAAUUUAUGUCCUGGCACGGGCUCUAUGUUUCUCCUCUUCAAAUGUAAAGGUUCGAGGGAAAAUUUAAACGUCAAUUGAAUUGUUUUCUGUCCGUUCUUCCUAUCGCUGGAGUUGAACCUGUUCAUCGGUAACUAUACGCCGUUUACAUGUGGCGAGUGUGGGAUAUUCACCGUUCAGGUACAAUUUACCGCAAAUUUCCUUUGGAAGACAAUUUCUAAUCAAUGGAGGAAACCAGUGUUGUUCAAAAAUCCCGUCGUCGAUCGACAGAAUGGAAAGCGAAAUACGACAUUCUACCUGAUGUCAGUCGGCAUGUGUCUUGCGGAAACUUUGAGAUUAAGCCGCCAUGUAACGAAUCAAUAGACUCUAUUGCUAAUGCUUUGGUGGACUCUCAAAAGCAAGCUGUAAUGAAUGAAAAAUCCGUUGGUUUCGUGGAUAAAAAAGAAGAUAAUAUAUUUCACUGUGCACUCUGUAGUGGUCUCUAUGUCGAACCUGUUACGUUAGACUGUGGACACACGUUAUGUAAGAGCUGCAUUUUGCCUGGCAAAGCUUCUGUCCAAGUCAUCGAUUGUAAGCAAUGUGGUGUGACAAACCAUGAUAACGAUAUCGCUGUGAAUGUACUAAUGACUGAUCUGAUACAAAAAUGGUUUCCGCGAAAGUACGAUGAAGAAGUGAAGAAGUUGGAGAAAGUUCGACGUGAAUUACGGGGAGACAGAGAAAACGUCGUAGAAACUUUGUCCGGUGUCCUGAGAAACAACCCUCGUCACAUUACAGCGUUAAAGUGGCGAAGUCAUGCCCUCUUAAAACUGGGACUGCACAAGCAGGCUUUAGGAGACGCCGAAUUAGCCUGCGAUCUACGACCGUUUCUUCCUAGCGUUUUUCAUCAGAGAGGAGAGGUUUUGUUUGCCAUGGGUAAAUACGAGAAAGCUAUCCAAAGUCUGGCACGCGCCUUAGCUCUCGAGCGUAACCAUAGCACGGAAUAUCGAUUGAAAUUGCUUGCCUAUCUUAAUCGUUUUCUGACCUCUGAUAUUGACAGCCCGAGAAAAGAAGACUUACUGCUGAAGCGUACUAACAGUUUUGUAACCACAGAAUGUAACACCUACAAGUGGUAUCCAAAGUUCAAAGCGCUUAGUGAUCAAGAUGAUAAGGAGUCCCACGCCGAACUCCGAAAUGAACUGCAAAACGGAAGAAACCUGGAGGAAACAGUUGGUCCCCCAAUUGAACCUUUACUGGAGAACAGGUCAUCGUUAAAGCGUUCCUUCGAAGCCGACGACGGAGAACAGUCUGCUCGAUCAAAGCGUUUAAAAGUCUCACGGGAAAGUGAAACGAGCUGCAGUGGUCCCAGCGAAGCCGCUGUUAUGAGCGAUAAGGAAGAUUUGGAAUGCAAAAUCUGCUACGACGUAUUGUAUGAACCAGUGACCACUGUGUGUGGACACACCUUCUGCCGAGAGUGUUUGUUACGAGCCCUGGACUACAAACCUGAAUGCCCAUGUUGUCGCCGUACGCUCAAUUGUGAAGUUCAGAGAAACACUGAAAUCACAAGAGUUGUGAAAGAGAUUGUGGAAAACCUGUGUCCUGAUGAAUACGCUGAGAGGAAAAUGAGUUUCUCUGAGGAGGAAGCGCGUUGGAAAGGAGCUGGUGUUGAUGAUGAUGUUGAAGUGCCCAUAUUUGUGUGCUUGUUGGCAUUCCCAAGUCUCAAGUACCCUCUGCACAUCUUUGAACCCAAGUACCGGCUCAUGAUUCGUCGGUGCGUAGAGCUAGGCUCCCGGAUGUUUGGAAUGUGCGCCAAUACUGAUGACCCGGACAAGAGCCACGCGGAUUACGGAACCAUGCUUCACAUUGAUAACAUCAACGUCUUACCUGAUGGGCGCUCCAUCAUCCAAACAACAGCCGGAGGAAGGUUCCGCGUUGUCUCACGAUCAACUAGGAAUGGGUAUAACACUGCAAAGGUAGAAUGGAUGGACGAUGACCGCCCUAACCCGUCCACUGAGUUACAAGACCUCGAGAUGUUAAAUGCCGAUUGCUAUAAAAUGUUAGAACUUUGGUUCAACAGUUUGGCGCCUAUACAACAGACCUGUAUUUCAAACGCUAUUGGUCCCAUGCCCAGUCUUGAGCCGGAAAACCUGGUCAGUCGUGACGGUCCGUCAUGGCUUUGGUGGGCGCUGGCGGCUGUCCCACUUCAGGAUAAAGCAAAACUCAUCAUUGUGUCGAUGACGUCAUUGGCUGAGCGGCUUCAAAGCGUUCGUCGAUUUUUAGAACUCCUUUUAAGGGUGAAAUACCAUGUGACGGAAUAAACAGUGCAGAACACUGCUUGGCCGUACAUCAUGUCUUUAAGCCUUCUGCAGUAUAAAUCUUUCGAGGAAUUCGUGACUCGUUCAAGUGAUCAGUACCGAUUUUCUCCUUUAGAUAUAAACUCAAGAUCAGACUGAUUAGAGCAAUUUUUUUCAAUUUAUUUAUUAAUAUUUAAUUAUUUAUUAGUAAAUUUUUAUUUGCUUUUACUUUUGAAACAGUCAUUUCAUAAGAAUAGCAAAAAAUGAGCAGAAACGUGAAAUUUUCAUGAAUCAGUAUCAAUGAAUAAGCAGCUUAAAAUGUAAUGAAACCAGUGUGGAGUAUUUUAAAGUUAAUAUGGAUAGGCAGAGAGUUGUUUUUACUUAUGUUACGAUUUUAGCCUAACAAUGCGAGUGUCAUCUGACGGAGUACAGUCUAGUCUAAGAGCCAGAAGAUUUUCUAGCAAAGAAUGCCCAGCUUUUUGGGUUUUAUUCUCUAGAAAACAUAUCACACGGAAUUUUCGCAUAGCACUUUGUGAAGGUACUAUUAGUGCCCAAAACGUCAGCUUAACAAACUUGCUAGGGUGGGUAAUUUACAGUUGCCAGUUUCAAAUUGAUGAACAGCGAAGUGUUUACUUAUGACCCACCGACUUAGCCCAACAGGUCCUUUAGCGAAUUAGCAACUGGUAAUUUUAGUUCAUGAUUUUUAGUUAUCGUCUGAAGCAGCUUAAGCCCUGAAUCAGGGAAUUUACAGUCGAUGCAUAUCUUAGAUUUUCUCCAUCAAGAUCAUCUUUCCCAACCAUAUUACUCGGAGUUUUGAAGACGCUUCAGUGACCACCGGAAAAUUUUGUAAAUCGCCGAUCGCGAAUUGCUGUAAAAGUAGUUACGUAGCAUCAUUAGUUUUCCAACCGUAUUCAUAAGAAAAUUAUCAAGUGUUUUCGAUAAUA